UUGGGAAGCGCACACACUGAUAUUACGCAGCACCGGACACCGGACUGGUUAUAACGUGGAGCUGCUCCGUAUGCCCGGAAGGCUUUUUAGGAGGCAUGUUUUUGUAGGUGAAAUAUAACACAGGUGUUUUAUUCUAGAGGCUUCAUGCAGCGCGUCUAAAUUGGAUACGGACGGGGGGGCGGGAGCAACAAGUGGAGUUUGGCGUUUUUGAAGCCGAAAUUUCUCACCGUCACCAGGCAUGGAGGAGCACAAGGAGCCCGGCAGCAGCAGCCGGGACUCCACCGAGGAGGAGAGCAUGUCCCUGUCGCCAAACCUCCCAUCCCCUCCCGUGAUUUUACCGCACCAAGCUGCACAACAGAACCACAGAACCACGAACUUUUUCAUAGACAACAUCUUGAGACCGGACUUCGGCUGCAGGAAGGAGCCGAGCUACCGGAGCCAGACGCCGGGCAGGGAAAACGUGAACCCGCUGACAGCGAGGCCGCACACCGGGAGCCUCUGUCUGGACUCUAGCAGCGACAGCACUUCCUCUUCCUCACCUUCCUCUUCAUCCCCCUCCUCCUCGCCUUCGUCCAAGCAGUCCAGUAAGCAGGGCGAAGCGGCGGGCACCGGACGGUACGCAGACAGCCCCUCGGCUGGCAGCAAUGGAGGCUCUCCGGCCAAGACGAAAGACAGCCAGCCGAUGCUGUGGCCCGCGUGGGUUUACUGUACGCGCUACUCGGACCGGCCCUCAUCUGGCCCGAGGACACGGAAACUGAAAAAGAAGAAGAGCAGCCCCAAGGAGGACAAGCGGCCCCGGACGGCGUUCACGGCCGAGCAGCUGCAGAGACUGAAAACCGAGUUCCAGACCAACCGGUACAUCACGGAGCAGCGGAGGCAGGCGCUGGCGCAGGAACUCAACCUCAACGAGUCCCAAAUCAAAAUCUGGUUCCAGAACAAGAGGGCCAAGAUUAAAAAGGCCACGGGUUACAAGAACGGCCUGGCCCUGCAGCUCAUGGCCCAAGGACUUUACAACCACUCGACCACCACGGUGCAGGAGGAGCGGGAGGAGAGCGAGUGACACGCAGGGGCCCCGGACAUUUCCCCCCUCUGAGGGGCCCCACCUGACUCUUUUGGAGAUAAUGAAACAGUGGAGGAGACGCUAUUUAAAAAAAAAUCUGUUUAUGGUAACAGUAUAUGGACAUAAUUAUAUAAAUCGUUAUUAAAGUUUAUAUAGCCACUCACGUUAUCAUGUUGUAUACAGUAUAUUUAAUUCCACCUCUCACCCGGGUCUGUUCUCUUUGUUUAUGUAGCUGGAUCUUUAGGUUAAUGUGUCCCCCCCCCCCCACCCCCACCUCCACCUCCAUCGUUACUGCGCCACAUUCCCC